AUGGGUUCCGGCGUGGCCCGGCACCAGCGCAUCUUUUCUAUAUGCGUGACUUUGCACAUGCUGAAGCACAGAGCAAAAUGUUAUGAAAAAGCAUUUUUGCAACUGAAUUCCUCCAAAAUUGAUCCCAUUAUCCAUGUGCCUGCACGGUCACCAGUUCCUUCUAGCUCACCUCGUGUCCUGAAGUUGGUAUGCUAUUACAGUUUCCCAUAUAAGGACGAUUUAAAGCCUGAAAGAAUUGAUCCUGGUCUCUGUACUCACAUAAACAUUGCAUCUUUGGCUGUAACCAACAAAUCACUAAGUGAAAUUACUCCAGAGAUAUCCAAGGUUAUUAAGGAAGUUGUGGCAUUGAAAACUCAAAAACCUCUUCUGAAAGUUCUCUUAUGUAUUGGUGGAUAUUCUGCGCCUGGAGGAUUUAAUGAUAUGGUGAAAAAGCAUGAAGACAGAAAAAGAUUCAUUAGACAGGUUUUGCAAGUGCUAAAAGACUACUCCUUGGAUGGUGUUGACUUAGACUGGGAGUUUCCAUCGUGGCCAGAGGAAGAUAAGCAAGAGAAAAUUGAUUUCAAUGUAUUACUGCGUGAAUUCCGAGAAGCAUUUGAAGAGGAACAUAAACCGUUUCUUCUUAGUGUAGCUGUUGGUAGCCCUGGGUCUAUUAUUGACCAAAGUUAUGAUGUUGAAGAGAUGGCCAAGCAUGUCGACUAUGUGAACUUGAUGGCUUACGAUUACCAUUUCUAUGUCUGGUACUUCCCAGUCACAGGAGCAAACGCUCCACUUUUCCGACGACCAGGUGAAAAAGGCUUUUUGGCUACUCUAAACACCAAUUGGUCAUCUUGGUAUUGGGUCCAGAAGGGAAUGCCCAAAGAGAAGAUAGUUGUUGGUGUUCCUACGUACGGCCAUUCAUUUAGAUUAGUAAAUGCAGACAAUCAUGGUUGGUCAGCUCCAGUCUCUGAUAUUGGCAAACUUGGUUCAAAUGGUUUUGUGACCUAUCCAGAGGUGUGUUGGUUUCUUACCAAAGAAGGAGCUGCACAUGAGUAUGAUAUGGAUAGUCAAGUUCCAUAUGCAUAUUUGGGUCAAGAGUGGGUGUCAUAUGAUGAUAUGAGAAGUAUAGCAUCUAAGGCAACUUACGUGGCCAAUCAUUUCUUUGCUGGAGUUAUGGUAUUUUCUUUGAAUCAAGAUGAUUACAAUGGACUCUGUGAUGGAGCCCCCUUUGUUCUCACACAGCAAGUGAGGAAUGUUCUUUUUGAUCAAUUAUGACAAAUAGAGAGAGGUUUAUCUAAAGCUCUUGGUAUACAUCAGUUUUAACUAAUGUAUACCAAUGGAAGACUGGUAUUACAUGAAAUGUUUGCUUUCUUGAUUAUAUUAAUUUCUCAGAAUUAUCUCUCUCACUGUCGUAGUCUCUUAGUUCUAUCAAUUAAUGCCUGUCCUUGGACUCGUAACUGAAUUGGUAUAAAUAGUGCAUUAGUUAUAUUGUAUGUAUUUAGUUCAUUUCUCUUAAAGUUGUCAUGUUUCGUGACUUCUGUAUUUUAUAUCUCAGAUAACUGCUGUUCCAUUGAGCUUAAUGUUUUGUAGUUUUAUCUAGUUUUCUGGUUAGAAUCCGAUAGUUACUUAUGUAGGAAAUAAUUACAUAUUUCAAACUGCAGUAUUGCUAGAAUGCAGUGUCCUUGUGCAGCUAUUAGAUUUUAAGAAUAUUAUGGUGCUUUGCACGGUUUAGCAAUAUAAACCCAAUAUGUAUAGAAGCUAGCUCACCAGGAAUAGAACUCCUGAUAUAUCCUAAAAUUAGCAUUGUCAUUUGAGUUUCCUGAGACAAUGUUUAAAAUUUUUGGAAAGGUUUCAGUCUGUGAUGCAAGAAUGUUAAUUUUAUCAUUUGUCUUGUAAUCAGUAGUUAUUAUAUCAAACUACUAUAUCUGUUAAAAGAUAUUCAUGAGUACAUUCCAAAAACUUUCACUAAUAUUUAUAUGACACUUUCCAUUAUUGUGGUGCAUCUUUAUUACAUUGCCUAGUGUUCAGUUCAUAAUUUAUCAAAUCAUUCACUACCUUGUAUUACUGGUGUUUUUGCCAAUAAUCAGGGUUUUCCAUAAACGUAGUCUGUGAUGCAAAAGUAUUAUUUCUUAAUAAUUGUUGGUAUGUGCAUAUAUUUGAGUAGGUUUCAUUUCUCUACUUUUUUUGUAAUUGGAUGUAUUGUAAUAUAUGUCUAUUUUGGUGUAGGUGAUCAUAUUUUAAACUUCAGAGGUCUGUAUUGAUUGUACUUAAGAGUUCUUUUCAAUCUGAUUUCUCUGUUUGCUGUAUUGUAGCAUUCGUCCUACUGCAUAUGUUAUGUGUUAAUUCCCAACAUAAAAAUAGUAUGAGCGUAACAAUAUUAUUUUAUAUAAGUGAUCUGUUGUGGUUAUGAUACAGUAAAUAUUUUUGACUUCAGAGAGGUCAUGUACUAUACAGAAUGUUUAACGAGUAUUAAUUGUUGACUUUUGAGAACUUUUGUUUAAGAGGAAGACUGAGAUUAUAAUAUCUGUCCUUUGACUGGCAUCUUCAUUUAAUGUUUUGGGGCAGUGAUAUGGACUCAUGAUAUUUGUUGACAGUGAAAUUGUUAUUAUGUACAUUGUGAAUACACAUUCUCUUUAGUAUUCUUCAAUAUAAAGAUCAUUGGUAAAAGCACAAGUGCUACUGAAAAUUAAUAUGAUAUGGCAGUUAGUGUACUACUUUCAUAAAUUGAUGAAUGUUUAAACUUGACACUGUAUUUGAAAGGAAGGAAGAAAAAUAUCUACCACAGUGUUCCAGACUAGUUGAUUCAAAUUUUAUGUUGCCUCAUAGGUUGGAAUUCUUGCCAACUUUAUGUACCAGAAAAAUUGCCUUGAUCACACAGGACUCUUGCCACAUCUGCCAUUUUGUCUUAACGGUGCUAAAUUGUUCAAAACAAAUACCACAAAACUAAAGAAGUGGUUGAAAGAAUUUGUUAUUAAAUUGUGAGGAUAUUAAACUGACGUUUCCAAGAGUAUUUGCUCAUUCAUAUUUUAAAUGUGUAUGCCUAGAUUUUAAUGUUCUGUCAAAUCUGUGGUUACCUUUGUCACUAAGGUAAAACUCUCUUGCCAGGCAUUGCUCAUUUUACUUUGUUUUUCUAAUAAGCAUUUAAAUUUUGUUUCCUUCAAUUGUUUGUCUUAUUUGUAAGUGCCAGUAAAUUUGUUAUUGACUGCUCAUUACAAAUUAGUGUGAUAAAUUAAUUUUGAAGAAAUUUAUAGAUUCGGUAUAUAUUACUUCAUAUACUUAUAUAGUAUGAAGAAAGAAAAUUCAGAAUUGGAAUCAUCUCUUAACAUUCAUCAUCCCAUCUGAUAACAUUUUAUGCUAUGAAUAAUGAAAAUUGUAUUUUUAAAAGUUUUGCCGCAUAAUUUGUUUUGAAUUUUUAGUUGAAGUUUACUUUUUCCUUUGGUCAAAUGAUUUUUCUGUGUAUUCUGCUAUUCCUGCCUUCUGAUGCUGUGAUUUUUUCUAUAUACCAUUCAUGAUUAUCUUUACUCAAGUGCUCAGUAGGUGUUUCCAACAGGGCUUGGAUUUUUCUGCUGUUAUUGCUGCUUGUAAUUUUCAAUGUGAUUUCAGGAUGGUCAUGCAUGAUAAGUAUUCAUUGGGUUUUCAGUGGUAUUUCUGACUAGUGUAAUUGCUAUAUAUUUUGAUCUUUUAUUUAUUUACCGUUUUAACAGUCACAUGCGAAUGCCAUUCUGAUACGCGAAGAACAUCAAAGUAGGAGGUGGGGGGAUCAAGAGAACACCCUAAAUAUAUUGCAAUAUCAUUGAAUGCAAAUUUUAUAUAUUUAAUAAUUGAUGAUACACAUUUUGAGCAAUAUAUAACAAUUAUUUUCUGUUGGUUUGUUUCAAAUUGUUUUGUUUUUGAGGUAGGGCAUGGUCGUAGAUAUUUUGAAUAUUUUUCUGUACCUGUGGUUCUUUCCAUGGGAACAUAGACAGACCUGUCAUUUUUUUGAAGAACUACUUCAGCUUUCACUAAAUUGCUGAGAUUUCACAUCUGUUAUCUGUAUUGACAGAUUCUAAAAUAAUAUUUCUGUGUGUUUAUCGGCAACAAAAAACGCAAACGUGGGCUAUGGGUUAUGGGUAAAAAACAACAAAAAGGUUUAGGAAGGUUCUAGUAAUAAAAGGCCUGAUUGAUGAAAGAGUAACUCCUUACUUAAACAAAGAUAAAGCAAAAAACUAUGUCGUGGUUUAUUAUUGAGCCCCACUUAUUUGCUUGCGAUGGUGAAUAAGAACAUUUUUUGUUUGUUUGUGCAAUGUAUCUUUAUAGUUUGUAGAGGUGAAAGGUUUGUCUAAAAGAGACCACUUCAAAUACAAUCUUGAAGUUGAAGUUGUUUUAUUAGCUUGAGAACAUUUGAUUAAUAUAUAUUUUUCAGAUCAUGAUUUUUUAAGAAAAUUAUAAUUUUGCUUUUAAGCAUUAGGGUCAAAUAUCUUACGGAGUCCAAAAAUUUAGAUAUUUAAAGGGCAGAACGAUUCCUGUUGGGAAUAUAAUGAAUAAAAUUCAAUAUUUUCACCUUUAUUUGUCUCCUGUAGAUAGUGAGAGAGAUGUUUGCAUGUGAUGCUGCAUUUAUGAUUUGUUGUGUACUUAAUUGUUAUGUACUGAUAAAAUAUUCAGUGUUUAUAACAGAGCUUAAUGGAAAAGAAUAUUUAACUGUUCAUGUGGUAGUGUGCUUAGUUCCCAUGUAUUUAAUUUGUUUACUUAAUGAUUCAUUUUAAAUUCAUGUACUAAUACAUGUACAUUAUUUUAGCAAAUUAUUAGUAAUAAAGUAUUACUUACAAUGCCAAUUGCUUUUUUUACCUCUUAAAAAAUGUUUUAUUCUUUUUCUGCUUUAAGAUUUUUGUAAAAUGUGAAUAUUAGUGUGCAAGUGUAGAUCAAAAGAAACUGUAUACCAAACCAAUGUACAAAGAUAGUUGUGUAGUAUUUUUACAUUAUAAUUUAAAGUAACACAUAUAACCGUGUUUUACUUCAUUGUCAUGUAGGCAGAACGCAGUGAUUUGUAUAUCUGGGACACCAAAGUAACGAUUCCCACUUGGCUCCUGAGUGGAACAUUUAUAGCCCAUAGCCAUGGUCUACUCUUACGUAUAAAAUUAGUAGGAAAAAUCUUAGGAAGUGACCUACAGAUUUUUAAUUUAAAUCGCAACAAUUUUCUUUAUGUAUUUAUUGAAGUAGUUAGAUGGAUGUUGCAAUUAAAAAGGAAAAGUUCUGUCACUCCAUGAACUUGAUACUAUAUUAUAACUACAAACUUACAAAACUAUUCAAUCUGAACUCGUAGGCUUCUGUGGCCAGUCAAGUGAAUAAUCUUGCCUGUGUGGGUAAUGUCGCAUCGAAGGCUUGUAAUGCCGUUUCCAACAUCUUGUCGUGGUCUUCCUCACAAUGAAAGUAGUGCCAAAUGUGUGACUUUGCUAAAUGACAUUUCCCACAACAUGUUCUCUUGCAAAAAAGUGAUAUAUUAGGGGGACUUAGAACAACACCUUUUGGUAUAGACAUUGAUUUGUUGUUAUGACAAAAGAAAAUGACACAUUUUUGUAUGACUUUUUUGCAAUUUUCAUCUAUUCCGCCUAAUAAGUCUUUUUUUUAUCUUUUCCCAUAAUUUUUGAAGCUUUUUUCA